GCAUGCAAUGUAAGGUCUGCAAGUUCACCAGUUCAAGCCAAGAUCUUCAGAGACACUACAGACUUCGUCACGGGAGACUUUCCUACUGGCCGUGUAUUCAUACAGACUGUGUUUGUGUCUUCAGAACGCCAGGUGCCUUAAGAUCACAUCUUUCUAGGUCCCAUCACAAGAGUAGUGCAGUCCAUCAUGAACUUUUACCUUUUAAGUGUGGAUCUUGUGACUUUCAAGAAAUUUGUACAGAAAAACAAUUUUUGACUCACCUUGGGAAUCAUCUUAAAAAUCGUGAAACAGUUCAGUGUCCCUAUGUUGGAUGUGGAUUUAAAACAAACAACCGUCCAACUUUCAGCUCUCACCGAAGCAGAAGCCACAAAAACCAUACAGUCAAUGAUAUUCGAACUGUAAUAAGUGCGGACUCUGGAGUAGAUGGUGUUGAUGACCUUGAAGUGGCAUGUUCCUCACAAAGUGCUUUAAGACAAGUGCCAGAGUAUGGAACCCAGCCUGUAGAAGAAGUAGAUCCUAAGACUCUUGAACACAAAAUUGCAUCACUUUUACUGUGUAUGCAGACAAUUUUGCAUAUCUCAAGAAGUGCAACACAGAAAAUAGUUGAAGAAUUUCAUAACAUUUUGUCAUUCUCAAGAUUUCAUACUCUUGAGAGUAUAAAAGAGGUUUUCACAAAAAACAAUAUUAUUGUAGAUGAUAGAAUUGUUCAAGAAAUUGUUGAUUCUGUUUUUCGAUCAAACCCACUACUUGUAGCAACAUCAGAAAGGGGUCCAUUGUCCACAGAUUACAGAAGGAAUUUAUAUUUUAAGCAAAAUUUUUCUGUGAUCGAACCAAUUGAGUAUCUUUUUCAAAGACCCCAUAAGAAUACAUUUGUUUAUGUGUCAGUCACUGAGGUACUUGAAAGCUUAUUUAGAUAUGCAGAAUUGUUAGAUAAACUUGAGUUUUCACAUGAACAUUUGCCUGGAUAUUACAAAUCAUUUCAAGAUGGGCAGUACUUCAGGGAAAAUGAAUUACUUGCUAACGAAGACACUGUUAUCAGUUUAGGACUUUACAUCGAUGAAUUUGAAGUUUGCAAUCCAUUAGGCACAUCAAGGAAAAUUCACAAAAUUGUUGCCGUUUAUUGGGUUGUUCUAAAUUUACCACCAAAAUUUAGAUCUGGUCUAACAUCAAUUCAGUUGGCAGUUUUAGGAAAAAGUACUGACGUAAAGAAAUUUGGGUAUGACAAAUUUCUGGAUCCCUUGUUAAAGGACAUCAAAUUUCUAGAGCAGGAAGGGGUGUUUGUGGAGCGCUUGGGCUGUCAGGUUAAGGCAACUGUAUUUUGUGUGUGUGCAGAUAACCUUGGAGCCCAUGGUCUGGCCGGUUUCCAAGAGAACUUUAAUGUAGACAAGUUUUGUAGGUUCUGUUUGGUUAGUCGCAAACAGAUAGCAGCUGUAAGAGCUUGUGACUUUCCUUUGAGAUCCGUCAGCCAGCACAAUACUUUUGUAGAAGAGCUUAAGCAGAGUGACACUCUGACAAGUGUUAAUGGGGUCAAAAGAGAGUGUGUAUUGAAGAAACAUUUAGGUUUCUUUCAUCCAGUGACUGGGUUCCCGCCAGAUAUUCUGCACGAUUUUUUUGAAGGGGUUAUACCUGUUGAAUUGUCAUUGUGUCUCAGAGAUUUAAUUUCCAAAGGUUUUCUGACACUUGAGAAACUUAAUCAUAACAUCAGGACCUUUCCUUAUCAGCACUCAGAUAAGGUCAACAAACCAAAGACAAUUUCCAAAACAAGCUUUACAAGUGGAUCGAUUGGUGGAAACGCCCAUGAAAAUUGGACUUUGUUGCGCCUUCUUCCCUUGUUGAUUGGUGGCUGUAUCCCGGAAAAUGAACCGUCGUGGGAGAUAUUAAUGGACUUGAAGGAAAUUGUUGAGAUUGUUGUCUCAAAUGAACUUGCAGAACAGACACUGUGCUUCUUGUCUUUUAAAUUGUCUGACCACCGUUUACUUCUUACUGCUACCUUUCCCGACAUUGAAUUAAGGCCGAAGCACCAUAUAAUUGAACACUACCCACACCUCAUUCGUUGUUUUGGGCCAUUAGUGAACUUUUGGACUUUUAGAUUUGAAUCCAAGCACAGUUUCUUUAAAAAGGUGGUGCGUGAUUCUCAUAACACAAAAAAUGUGCUUCUCACACUUGGGAUAAAGCAUCAGCAGAUGAUUGCCUAUCAUUUAGACAGUCAUAGCCUUUUCAAGUCAGAACUUUAUGUUGAAAAAGUAAAGGUGGUCAAGAUAUCAUCUUUAGAAUCAAAGUUGAGGCAUGCUGUACGAAGUAAGUUUCCAGAUAUUGAUGCAGUGUCUCUUUCAAAAGCUGUUCAUCUGCAUGGCACACAGUAUGCUGAAGGCAUGGUAGUUUCAGCUGGAAACAGCAAUGGACAGCCAGAGUUUUUUAAGAUACUGAGUGUUUUGGUCUGUGCUGAUGAAGUGUCGUUUAUAACAAAACGUCUCUCCUCCUGGUACAUGGAACAUUUCAGGUCAUAUGAAAUUGUUGAAAGUGAUUAUGCUGAAGUAGUGCUCCUUGAACCUGUUAAUUUGAGUGAUUCCCAUCCACUGACAGCUUACAGAGUUGGAGAAAAUGUGUUGGUGACUUUGAGGACAUACCUGCCACACUGAAAGAUCUGAGUAUGGUGUUAACACUACGAGUUGUCAUCUCGUCCAGUGUAGCUCGACGUGUCCAACUUCCCCAAGUGCCGGAAUCAGUGGAUCAUCUUAUUGAUUCACUCCGAGAGAAGCUGCAACUUCAAGGUGAUUUUUCACUGCAGUUUGAGGACCCCGAUUUUGGAAAUGCUCUGUGUCUCUUGUCGGACAUCUCUGAGUUACCUCAGGAACGAGCAAUCCUACACAUUCAUCGGUCAGCUUCACAUGAUGAAUUGGAUACACAUUCUCUUGGAUCCAUCUCCUCCCUCAGCACUGCUAGUCAAAGUUCAUCCUCAUCUAGCACCGCAGCAUGUUCCAGCUCAUAUUUACGCAGCAGAUCAGAAUGGCCCUCUCCAUUCCCCAUACCAAGUCUCUCAUAUGACGUUGAACUAAAAUUACGCAAAGGGAAUGAGACAUAUGAAAAGACAAGAAAAGGCAUUGACGUGACAAGGGACAUUAAAAUGGAGAUUCUUGACAAAAUUGCUCAAGCUGUGUUUGACAUAAAGGCCUACCCUGAUGGAGAUGAAAUUGAAUCUAUUGCUUCUGCAUUGGUACUGAAGUAUCCUUGCCUAAAGGAACCUGGUGGGGGCAAAGGCUUUGAAGGAUGGCUACUCAGCAUCAAGGACAAGCUGAACAACUACCGAGCAAAGUUGCGAAAGGCAGGCUGCACUGAAGUUAGUGUUAACAAAAAACGAAAAGCAGAUGAAAACCAACGUUACACUCUAAAAAGGGCCAAGCGUGGUGAAGUAAAUCAUAUUCCAGAACACCCAAGCAACCAUGAUGAAACUUCACUUGAAGAACAAAGAAUUCUCCUGGUGGCAGAAACAAAAAAGUCAAGAAAAGACAUGGGCGUUAUAAAAGAGAAGAUGGCAGUGACAUUUUCCCUAAGGAGAAGAGAGGUGGUUGAGGACCAACCAAUGGUGGUACAGAUUCAAGAAAGAUGGCCUGCACUGUUUUUGGAGGAACAGAUCUGUGAGGAGUUUUUCCGAGUUACCAACAAAGACCUGCUAGAAACUUUCAGAGCUGCCAUGGACAAGUACACCACCAAACUACUGAGACUCUACCGUGCCCGGAAGGGAGCUUUUGGACAUGAAAUGGAAGACCUAUUGAGAAAUCUUGAUGAAAAGACAUCUGACAUUGUCGCCCAUCGAAAGAGUGCUGUGCUGGAAGGAUUGCCUUUGUUUUUGAGAGAAGAUCCCACAAAGUUGUUUAAGAAAUGUUUGGAUACAGAUCCAGAAGAUGUGCAGACCAAAGGGGUAUCUGUUGGAGUACUUGUGGUUUUAGAGGACAGUGUCUCUGCUGCAGGCUCAUCAGCAAAUGUACAGAACAUUGCCAUUGUGCUGGAGGAGGCCAUAGUUCUGGAUGGAAUCUGCGACACCCCUACAGGCUUGGCAUACCUCUUUGGCCUUUUCUAUGCUCUAAACCUUUCUUAUCCAAAAGAACUUAAGUACACCUUAGAUGCUAUUCAGAAUGUGUUCAUGGAGCUUGGAUCCGGAUGCACACAACGUGUGCGCUCUCUUAAAAACAAACUUUUACUGUGAGCUGUGUGACAAUGAUCUAGAGUAGUAGAUUUCUGAACCCCAAAUUCAGAUACACUUAAAUGCAUAAAUGCAGUGCUUGACAUGUUGGUGUACUGUAUUAUUUGUUGUGUUUAAAUAAAUGCAGGUGUUAUUGUUAGUGUUGCAGGGUUCCGAUUGGAAGCAUUUUAUCAAAUGUGGCAUCAGAGGUGACUUGUGUUGGAUUUGAUCCUUGUUAAAAUGAAACUCUGACAUGUCUACAUUAUUGGCAUUUAAUAGCUUUUUAUGUUGCCCUACGUUUUGUCCUAAAUAUCUUAAGUAUAUUUUGAAUGCCAUUCUCAAGAUGUUUUUGGACCUUGGCUCAAGACACACGACACGUUUUUCCCAAACAACUUUUAUCUGCAAGCCAGUGAACUCCAGGAUUUUUUUAUUUGAAUUCAAAGAUGUCUUUUUUUUUUUUUUUUUUUUUAGGAAAAAAAAAAAGAAAUUAAGGUUUGAUGUGCAGUGUUCAAGGAAUUGUGCAAUGCCUGUUUGCAAAGAUGCUCCUCUAAAUAGACAUUAUUCUUGGUGGGAAAUCGCAGUGGUUGGUUUAGACAAAACACACCAUGUUCUGUUGUUGAAUACUAUAUAUUUUUGAGUUCAUUGCAGUGAAAAUUGUCAUUCUGAUAUUUUAGAAUUUUAAAAUGUGUAUAUUGUUUGGCAAAAAUGUGACUAGAGGCAGUUUUAUCUUUUCAGCACUCAUUGACCCAAGUAAAAAAGUGAAUAGCCUUUUCAUUCAGUGGUUUGUAAACAUUUAUAAAAAACUUUCUAAACAGUU